AUGUUUUAUUCACAUCAAUUAUUGGCGAGAAAAACCCCAAUUGGGACUGUAUGGAGUGCUGCCCAUUUGCAGAAUAGGCUCAAGAAAUCUGAUUAUACCAGUACUAAUAUCCCUUCUACAGUUGAAAAAAUUAUGUAUCCUGAGGUUCCUAUUGCUUUGAGGAUGUCAAGCCACCUUCUACUUGGUGUUGUCCGUAUCUAUUCCAAGCAGGUUGACUAUCUUUACAAAGACUGCUACGGUGUCCUAACAGGAAUAAGAAAGGCAUUUUCUUCAGUAAAUAUCAAUCUCCCCCAGGAUGCCACUCAGGCAUCGUAUUACUCUGUCACUUUACCCGAAAGAUUUGAACUUGAUGCUUUUGAAGACGAUAAUGUCUCGGACAGGCACGAGGACACUCAUCUAAAAUUGCCGGAGGAGAUAACUCUUGAAGAUCAAUUUCCAACUGGUUAUGUUGUCAUCACACUUGAGCCGGAGAAUCAUUCACCCUUCCCCAGAGAUACUCCAGACACCAUGCUGCAGCCGAUGGCAGAAGAUAUUCGGCCUCCUGUUAAAGAUGAUACAAUUCCGACCAACGGUGAUCCUUCUUCUAGCAAUCAUCCAGAAUUCAACGCAAAGCCCACUGAACAUAGCACCCCUGAAAUCCCAGAUAUUGAGAACAGGCUUUCUGUGCCUCACAAUCCUGGGGAAGAUGUGUCAUUGUUGUCGUAUAAUAUUAUAGAACCUGACCAAGAUCUGAUGGAGCAGAUAAUCAUAGAUGAUAAAAUCAAAACUCCAGUUUCUGCAGAAACUUUGCUUUCUGACACUCCCCAUAGUCUACAGCAGAAACCACCAUCCAUUUCUUUGCAAAAAUCCCGUGAAAGUUUAGAUAUCCGCAUUGGGUCCAAACGUGCAACACCAGAAUUACUGCUCCAACAGUCACCUCCUGUUGAGCAGCAAAGAAGAAAGCAGACAAAAAGGAGAAGGCUUUUUUUCGACGAAUCCACAGUACUGACUAAUAUGUCCAUGAAGGCGGCACUGGAAGAUCCCCGUGGUAUACUUCGGAGAAAAAGGAAUUGUCCGGGUUCUAAUAUGGACAUCUGGAAAUUAAAUAAGAGGUUGAAAAAGGACUCUAUGUUUCUCGAACCCUUGAUAACGGGAUUAUGUUCUGAUCUGCGUAGUAUGUAUGAGAGGGAAGUCAUUUCUUCUAAGCCUCAUCUGAGAAAGUCAGAAGAACCUCAUCCUGAGCCUGUUGUACUCGAGCAGUCCCCCACUCCUACAAGGCUCAGCGAGGUGGAAAUUGAGCUUCCUCGCAAUAUUGAGACUCCUCGUGACAAUCACACUUAUGGUUUCAUUCCUUCUCCAAGUCCUGUUCCACCUACCCCUACCACGAAAUCUCCUCAAUUUGGAUCUGACUUCACUCCAUUGCAAAAGGAAAUUGGUUCUGAAAAGGAAAGGUCGGAAGCAACUAUUAGAACUGAUACACUGCUUACUCCGCCCAGUAUACAAGGACCAACUUCUGACAAGAGACGAGAAGCGGAGAACAGUAUCCAUUCCAAUAUUCCUGAGAUGGAUUAUUCAGUGGGAGAGCUAAGCUUUUUGGAACAAGAUGACAAUACACCAGCAGGAUCCCAAGGAACUCCAGACUCAAGUAGGCUGACAAGAAAGGAUACGGGGACCCAAGAAUAUGAUCAAUUAUCUGCAAGAACAAGAGCUGUAGCCCAAUAUCUGAAAAGGCAGUCAUCCAUAACCCCCAAUUCAGCUGAAUUGCAGAGUCUCAGUUUGAACAAAAUAUUGGAAGGCAAGAGCAGGAAAGUUUGCGCUCGAAUGUUUAAUGAGAUGUUGGUUCUAAAAAACUGUGGACUCGUAGAUGUAAAUCAAGAGACCCCUUUUCAAGAUAUUACCUUGAAGGUGACUUCAAAACUCUUAAAGGGAUAA